UGUCACACUGACUCAGUAGUAUCACAGCAGUUAGCCAAACGCAGUCAGGACGCCCAUACACACACACACACACACACACGCACAUACACACACACAGCAAGAGUAAGGACGUAAAAAGAGAGAGUUGUAAGAGAGAAGCAAAUAAAUCCUCGGCUAGCCUCUCCACUCUCAGUUUCCUGGUUGUUUUGCAUCCCUGAUAUGACCCUUUUCAGCCCAAGAUACAUGAGCAUGAGUGGAGAGUUGAAGUCCAGCCGCUCCAGGGCAGCGAGUAAGAGAGCCAGCAACACCAUUUAUGGAUCUGAGUUUGACCUGGACUAUGACAGCUACCACGAGGACUACUAUGACAGGGUGUAUGACUACCAGCGUGUGCCGGCAUCCCUGUCUCCUCUGCCCCUGGGACCCAGUCUGGCCAAGCGAUCCCGUUCCUCCUCCUACUCCUCCGGGCACAGACGCAGUCGAGACAGAACCCACUCCAAAAGCUCCAGAGCCCACUCCACUUCAACCACAGCCAAGUUAGGCAUGGAGGAGUUGCAGGUGAUUAAAAAGGAGCUGACUCUGAUAAAGACACAGAUCGAUGGGCUGCUUGACAGUCUUGACAGGAUGGACCCACAGAGGAAUGACCACAAAGGGUCUCCCCUGAGAGAGGACAGUCCAGCUGGCUCACCGUACGCUCUGUCUGCCAGCAGCCCCGAGCACUCCCUCUCCUCCCUCUCUCCACCCAGCUCCCGCCAUCGAAUCCACAGGGAGAAACCUGACCUGAGGGAGCCAGAUGAUGACCACCACACGAUGAGCAACCACAGCUCUGACCCCGAGGAAGAAAUAUGAGGGAGGAACAUAAGAAGACGUAGAAGACAUGGAUUAAGUGCCAAACAUGGAGGAAGAGAACAACCGACGCCAAGCCCACACUCAUAUCAAUGGCUCAACAGGGUGUAGCCUACAUAUCAGACAACACAAUGCAUUUAAUUGUAUCACAGCAGUUUGGUUCUUGUGACUUUUAAGUAAAACUAAAACGCUGACACAGGUGACUGAUUAAAAACCAAGUACACAUCUGAUUGAGAAGAAUUUGGUAUGUUGGACUGAGAGAGUGACAGAGUAAUUAUAAAGGACAACAGUGGCAAACUUAACUUUUCAUAAUUCGGCUUUAGCAGGCAUUCCCAUUUAAUUGUAUGAGAGGGUUUGCACAAAUGCCAAUGUUCCAGUAUUAAUCUGAAUAUUGCAGUAUUAAUCCAAAUGAGACCAUGGGGUUCUCUGAUUAAAACCAUGUAAGCGUUUUACCAAUUUAUCUUGUCCACAUUAAAAGCUUUCUGAAACAGGCAGCACAUGCCAGAAUCAGACUGUACAUGAAGUAAUAAUUUAUGUGUGGUCUAUAUAUAGAUAAUGUACAAACAUUAUAGAACCGGGAAUAUUAUUACUUAAAUAUAAUUACUUUCAGAAUAAGGGUAAAACUGGCAUAUUGUGUGCAUGUACUUUAAUGUGGAGUGAAAAUCCCUUCUGUGGAUCACAAAGUAUUUUGACUUGUGAAAGCAAAAUAAAUCGGUACACUCUCAUA